AUGGGAUUAGCGAUUCCUUUCCUCCUUGUCCUGUUCUUCAUUGGCGGUCAACUCGAAGGCAGAGCUGCCCACAGUUCAGAGCUAGCAGAUCUCAAGGCCCUUCUGGAGCUCCUGGAAGACAGACUUGAAUCCAGAGGAAAGGAGUCGGAGCUCGGUCAAGGAUGGAAUGAACCCAAUGAUGAAACAGCCAGAGAUGUCUCCCAGGCUUUUGCCACCUGGGACAACGAAUACGCACGGCCUCAGGGCGAAGGCGCCUUCGGCCCCAGCAGCUGGGAGCAGCCAGUGGCAAGAGAAUCAGCGGCUGCAAGGAACAAACUGAGAGCCCUUUUCAACUCUCCCCGCAGCCUGCAAAGGUCCUCAAACUGCUUCGGCCAGAGACUGGACAGGAUAGGGACCUCAACCGGACUUGGCUGUAACAGGAGCCGGGGCUUACCCCCCACCCUUGCCACACCCCACGAACUGACACUGAUACAAGCCACCACCUCCAUCUUCCGUCUCUGA